AUGAGACUGAAUAAAUCUGUAGAAGACUGUUACAUUCACUUGGAAAACUUCAGCUCAACUGACUUCGGCCAACAAACUGGCGCCAUGAAGAAAUCCAAUGCAAUACUUUGGUGUUCUCUCUUCAUUCUUGAAGCUUUCCUGAUUAUAGUCGCAAACCUCCUCACGACCUUUGUGUUUCUCGGAAAGAGAAAACUUCGCCGGGGAAGAUACUAUCUGAUGAUCAACUUGACCAUCUCUGACACCCUGGUCGGUGCUCUGGCCAUACCGAUGUUCGUUCUCUUAUUUGGCGACUCUCAGCAACUAUGGAGCUCAAGAAUAAACCUUUUCGACACUGCCCUGUUUUUCGACAUGUUUGCUGGAUUUGCAUCGAUUACGUUCCUCGCUAUGAUUGCGUUGGAAAGGCUCUAUGCGACUUUACGUCCGUUCAAUUACCGCGCCCUUAAGUCUGGUUGCUAUAUACUCUUCGUUGUUACCGCUUGGAUCGCCGCGAUCUUUAUCCCAUUAUUUCAUGUAAUGGUACUGAAGUAUCCCAAGGUCUUCCGCUCCCGGUCUCGACAGGCUACCCUUCUGUUCAUGUGGAUACCAUUCUUCUCUACGCUGUUGCUCGUGAUCUGCAUUUCGUACUUAGUCAUCUUGAGGAAAGUGCGGGACGUCCAAAAAAAUGACCAACAUCGAAUCCUCGAGAAGGAAUCUUCUUUAUCCCGCAUUUGUCUCCUUGUGACAGCUGUUUCCCUGGCGGCUUGGCUUCCCUUUGUCAUUGCAAAUUUGGUCAUCAGCACUAUGCGAAUAAAUCCUUCAGUCUCUCGUAUUCAACUGUUUUAUGUGACCAAGUUCCUCCAUUUUGCUAAUUCCCUGUUAAAUCCUGUCCUGUACGUGCUCAAAAUCCCCGAGUUUAAGGAAGGCCUGUUAGCUGCUUUGUGUCUCAAGAAAUCUGCUGGUUCCACCCGAGAAUUGAGUGUUCGUAGUUCCAGAAUCUCAAGAGUCAAUAAUCCAUGGCCAGUGACUAUCUCCCCCCGUCCCCCCCCCCUCGUAUGA